AUACCCCGUCACGUGAAUACUGAAAGCACUGGACUUGUCUACCCAACAUCCAGAGUGAGACGAAAGCAUUGCUGACCGUGAAAACUAACAGGGAAGGUGAUGAUGGCAUGGAUCGGUUGCAUCAGCACCGGCAUCAUCGCCUACUCCGCCGGAGCGUACGCGUCUGGAGCAGCCCAAAUGGAGCGCGAAUUCCACGUCAGCGAACCCGCCUUCGAAGUCGGCAUCACCGUCUUUACGUGUGGCUUUGCCGUCGCUCCCAUGUUCCUCGCGCCAUUCAGCGAGAUCAAUGGUCGCAAACCCGUCUUCGUCAUAAGCGGCGCCUUGUUGGUGCUCUUCCAACUCACGUGCGCCCUCACUCCCAACUUUGGCGGGAUGCUGGCCGCUCGGUUCCUCGUCGGAUGCGCUGCGAGCACUUUCAGCACCAUGAUCGGAGGAGUGCUUGCCGACUUCUACCAUGCAAAAGACCGAAACUGGGCCAUGUCCAUCUACGCUGGUGGCGCCGUAGGGGGUGUGGGUGUCGGCCCUCUCUGCAGCGGAUUCAUUGCCCAGCAUUUGAAUUGGAGAUGGAUCUUCCGCGUUCAAGUCAUCUCCAAUGGAGUCUUGUUACUGGUGAUUAUCGUGUUCUUCAAAGAGUCCCGCGGCUCGAUCCUACUUUCCCGCAAGGCGAUCGCGCUCAACAAAUGGUUUGUGCAGCUCGAGAAGGCCGGCUACUACGGCGUCUUGAUGUCACCCGAGGCCGGCGAGGAGAGAGACGCAAAUGCCACCGCACAACGUGUGCGAUUCAAAGUGGCAUCCGACGAGGAGAGAGCAGGCCUGCUAAAAAUGAUCCAGACCAGCAUCGUCCGCCCGUUCACACUGCUCUUCACGGAGCCCGUAGUGUUCUUCUUCAGCCUCUGGGCCACCUUCGCCUGGGCUUGCUUAUAUCUGCUGUUCAGCGCCAUACCCUUGAUCUUCGAGACCCGGUAUGGCUUUGACAUUGCCCAGGUCGGCGCCAUCUUCUCCGUCAUCACGAUCGCCGCCAUCAUCAGUACCUUCAUCGCGAUCUACGGCGAAAUCGCCGCCCGCAAGAUGGCGCCAGAAAAGUGGCGGCCUUGGCUCUCCACGCCCGAGGGCAGACUGUGCUUCAGCUGCGUACUGUCCGCGCUCCUCCCCAUCGGUAGCUUUUGGUACGGCUGGACUUCCUUUUCCCACAUCCAUUGGAUCGUGCCGACGCUCGGCAUCGGCUGCGCGACCAUGGGCGUCUUCAGCAUCUACCUCGCCGUCUUCAACUACCUAGCCGACAUCUACCACAUCUACGCCUCGUCCGCGCUGGCCGCCCAAAGCUUCUGCCGAAACAUGGCCGCCGGGGCCUUCCCCAUCUUCGUCGGCACCAUGUUCCGCACGUUGACGUAUCAGGGCGCCGGCAGCCUGCUCGGCGGCGUUUCCCUCGUUCUCACCGUCGUGCCCUGGAUCCUGGUGUUCUACGGUCCGCGCAUACGGGCGAAGAGCAAGAUUGCGCGCCAGCUGCUGGAUAAGAACGGCGCGGCUUGAGUCUGCAUUCAUUACUGAACUUGCAUUAUCACGAGAUAUUAGACGGACGCUACGUGUAGUAGCU